UAUUGCUAGCCAUUACGCUUAUGUAUUACGCCAUAGAUAAGACGCCAGCUGUGCAGCUGUCGGCUUUUGACAAACAAUCAAAUAAAAAUUUAAAGUCGGUAUUAAACAAUAAUCUAUCUAUAUUUUUUAAUAAAAUGGCAUUUUCGACGGAGUAUUCCUUAAUUUUUGCAUUAAUGUUAUCACUUUUAACAUUUUCUGGAAUGCAAAUUUUUAAACCCUGGUUUGCUGUUUCCCAGUUAAAUGUAAUUUUUGGGGGUUACUUAGGAUCGCUUUUAUUUACAUUUCUUUUAACUGUAGUUGGUAAUUUUGAAAAUUUAGUGUAUGGAAAAUCAUAUCAAAUGAAAAUUGUUCCAGAGGUUGCUUUGUGUCUAAUACUUACUUUCAUAGCAAGUGCUUCUAUUCAUCGUGUAUGUGCAACAACAAGCAUAUUAUUUUCUCUAGUGUAUUUGUACUUCAUCAAUAGACAUUCUCAAAGAAUAUAUGCUGCUCCAACUGUGACUGUUACAGCUCAAAGUGGUAAAAAGAAAAAAUGAUUAAAACUUCAUCAUUAGAUAGAUGUUUUGCUUCAGCAUUUUAAUUUUCAGUUUGUCAUGUAUCAUAAUGAUAUACCACUUAAACGAAAUUAAAAGUUGAUAAACAAUAAUAAUAAUAAUUUUUUAUCAGUA